CACUUGCGCUCAGAGUCUCUCAAGUCUCAAUCCUUUGAUCUUCUCUCUCAGUAGCAACUUGAUUCUGCAUAGUUUUGGUAAAAAGGAAUAGUGUCCCUAUUUAUUGGAUGAUUAAAAUGCUAAGCAAACCAGAUUAAGCACUGUGAAGAUGCUCUUUCUCGUGAUAUAUGAUUUUUGAAGUAAGAUAUGGUGAGAGAUUCUGGUGGUGUUCAUCUAUGGAUAAGCUUUAAGUUACAAAGGGAUUAAAACAAGUUUUGGCUAAAGAAGAAAUGUGCAAGUGCUAUGUCAGAGUAGAGGGAAAGUUUCUACAGAAUCUUAGGUGUUAUUUGAUGCUGCUUCUGUUCUAUCUUGUUCACGGAGGCUGGUCUUGACACACUUUCAACGAGAAGUUCACUAUUAAUAACAAUGUGUUUCAAUAAGAACGAUAUUACAAACGAAGUGGUAACCGAGAGACAAGCGUUUGGUUCAUCCGAAGAAGAUGAUUCUCGAGUAGAAGAUACAGCUGGAAACGCCAACAAUUUGUUACAGAUUACUCAACAACAACAGCCUUCAGCUCCUGUUGUUAACUGGGAGAGAUAUCUUCCCGUUAGAUCGCUUAAGGUUCUCCUGGUGGAGAAUGAUGACUCAACUCGCCACAUUGUUACUGCUCUUUUGAAGAAUUGCAGCUACGAAGUUACUGCUGUUCCGGAUGUUCUCGAAGCAUGGAAAGUCCUAGAAGACGAGAACAGUUGCAUUGAUCUUGUCUUAACGGAGGUUGUUAUGCCUGUGAACUCUGGAACCGGUCUGUUGUCCAAGAUUAUGAGCCAUCAGACACUUAAGAACAUCCCCGUCAUAAUGAUGUCAUCUCAUGAUUCGAUGGUUCUGGUGUUCAAGUGUUUGUCGAAUGGUGCUGUUGAUUUCCUCGUGAAACCUAUUAGAAAGAACGAGCUGAAGAAUCUUUGGCAGCAUGUCUGGAGAAGAUGCCACAGCUCUAGCGGCAGCGGGAGUGAGAGUGGGAUACACAACAAGAAGUCAGUGAAAACUGAAAGCACUGAUGAAGGGUCAGAAGAUGAUGCCAGCAUGAGUGAUGAAGAUAACGGGAAUGAUGAUAAUGGGAGUAAUGGAUUGAGUAACGGAGAGGGUGGGAGUGAUCAUGGGAGUGGAACUCAGAGCUCUUGGACCAAAAGAGCCAGUGAUGUUAACGUGGGAACCUAUGGCAACGAAUGCGAACGUCUUAAGAAACUGAAGGAGGUUGAAGAUGAGAAUGGACAAAUAGGCAUGGGAUCGCAGGCAGGACAAUGUAUGAGUAAGAAAGCUGUUAUAGCUUUGGAGAGAAACAAUGAUGACUUGCUGAAUCGCUCCUCUGGUAACUCACAAGUAGAGACCAAAACACCUUCAUCUAACCCUGAAGAUUUGCAAUCACUAGAGCUUACUUUUACAAAACCAAAAGAGGCUGGAGAUCAGAGAGUCGGUGGUGAUCGAAGUGUUCUGAGGCAUUCAAAUCACUCUGCAUUCUCAAAAUACAACAACGGUGCUACUUCUGCUAACAAGGCUCCAGAAGAAAACGUAGGAAGCUGUUCUCCUCAAGACAGUUCCGUUGCCAAAAUAAUUGGUUCCAGUUCAAGCAGUGACAAUCCUUCGAAUCAGCAGUCUAGUGGAAGCGACCGAGCCGCACAAAGAGAGGCUGCUCUGAUGAAGUUUCGCCUUAAACGUAAAGAGCGAUGUUUUGAGAAGAAGGUAAGGUACCAUAGCAGGAAGAAACUAGCUGAGCAACGGCCUCGCAUCAAAGGUCAAUUCAUUCGCAAGAUGGAUGCUUCUAAAUCAGGAAAUGAGUGUCAGAGUAGUGACGACAGUUCAAGCAAAAUUGGUAAAGAAGACUGAAGAGAGAUUCACUUCGAAGAUCUAAAGAUCAAAGUGGAAUGUAUCUGUGACAGAGUCUCUUUGAUGGCCUUUUGGAUUCUAUGAUUUAUGCUUUUAAAGUUCAUCUUUUAAUUUUCAAGUAAGAGUCCAUACUCUAAAGGUUAUUUCCACGAGAACAGUAAAUUACAAGGCAAUUUCAUAACUGAUGAUAAAUUAUCUGCAAUAUUUAUAAACGACUUUACGUACAAAGUUCUAUGAUGUAAUUUACUCCCUAAUGGUUUUACAUGUACAAUAUUUUUGAUGGAUAA